UCCCAGCUCUUAUGUGACAUGGGUCCCAUGCUGACAGAUCUCUGCAUAUUUUAGUCCUGGCUCUAAGCUAUUCUUCACCAGGGCGAUAGGAUUUGGGGAUAAGGGUGAGGUUUGACUGCAUCAUUUGCAUCUCUAGUUUGAACGGCAAGGAGAAGAGGCGGGGCUUGUGUAUAACAGCACUGGGGAGGAAUUGCUUAUGUAACUGGGGCAGCAGAUGUAGCAGAAGGAGACAGGAGGCAGAAGCUGGGGAUGGGAGCAGUGAGCUGCCGGCAGGGGCACCAUGCCCAGAUGGCUGCUUCUCAUAAGCAGGGUGGCAACAUCCAGGGCCCCUGGGUCCAAGGCUGGAAGAGCCUCUGGUCAGGUGUGGGGACCACAAGGUCAGGUGUGAAAGAACUGUGGGGACUACGGGGGCAUCAGUUCCUGCAUCGGGAGCCCCUGGAGCCAGCCCCACUGCUAGUAGAGAAGCCGCUGCCUGAAUGGCCAGUGCCUCAGUUCAUCAACCUCUUUCUGCCGGAGUUUCCUAUUAGGCCCCUUAGGGGGCAUCAGCAGCUAAAGAUUUUAGGCCUUGUGGCUAAAGGCUCCUUUGGAACGGUCCUCAAGGUGCUAGAUUGUGGCCAGAAAGCAGUAUUUGCAGUGAAGGUGGUACCCAAGGCGAAGGUCCUACGGAGGGACAUCCUGAGGCAGUGCAAAGAGGAGGUCAGCAUCCAGCGACAGAUCAACCAUCCUUUUGUACACAGUAUGGGGGACACCUGGCAGGGAAAACGACACCUCUUCAUUAUACUGCUCUCUCCCAGAGGGAGAGGGGACAGCAGGUGGCAUCGGUUUGGGCAGCAGGCAUACAGUGCCCUGCGCCCAGGCACAGAAGGCCCCAAAUAUCGCCCAGACUUCUGGUGCUUUGCAGUGUGCAGCUACUGCAGCACAGAUCUGUACUCCGUGUGGUCUGCUGUUGGCCGCCUGACUGAGGCUUCCAUCCGCCUUUUUGCUGCUGAGCUGAUCCUGGUGCUGUGCUAUCUCCAUGACUUGGGCAUCAUCCAUCGAGAUGUGAAGAUGGAGAAUAUCCUUCUGGACGAACGAGGCCAUCUGAAACUGACAGACUUUGGUUUGUCCCGCCACCUGCCCCAAGGAGCCCGAGCCUAUACUAUCUGUGGCACUCUUCAGUACAUGGCGCCCGAGGUCCUGAGUGGAGGGCCUUACAACCAUGCUGCUGACUGGUGGUCCCUGGGUGUCUUGCUUUUUUCUCUGUCAACUGGAAAGUUCCCAGUGCCAGCAGAGAGAGAUCAUGUGGCCAUGUUGGCAAGUGUGACCCACUAUGACUCUGAGAUCCCAUCUUCUCUUAACCAGGGGCUCUCACUCCUACUCCGUGAGCUCUUACACCAGGAUCCCCUUCACCGUCUACGUUAUUUGCAUCACUUCCAGGUCCACCCUUUCUUCCGGGGUGUGGCCUUUGACCCAGAGCUCCUACAGAAGCAUCCAGUGAACUUUGUCUUGGAGACACAAGCUGCCCAGUCUAGUCCAUCAUCGGAGUCCAUGUUUUUCAAGGACUUUGACUGUAAUCUGGAGUCCUUCCUGGUCCACCCGAGGCUGGCUUGAGCUUCUCUACUGGAGUUGGGGCCCAUCCAGGAACUUGAGGACUUCCUCCACUGCCAGCUCACUGUGACCACCUGAUGAUCAGUUUGUUUUCACUUUGUAGCCUCUUAUCACUCUGUUCCUCUAGGUGUUGAACCAGAGUUCAGACUGGGUGUUCUGUUGGCAGCCACGAUGCCCUAGUCCUUACCUCAUCAUACAGCCUAUCUCAGUCUCAGAUCAGAGUGUGGACCUUUACCUUUAUUUCAGUUCUCCGGUGCUUAUACCCUGCAGGUUUUAGCCAGAAGUUUAUUCCACUUUUCCUUCUUGUUUCUGUGCCAUGUUUCCUUUCAUGAGCAAAACAUUUCAUGGGUUCCCAAGGUGCUAUUUAUGUGUUUAAUAGGCUUGUCAGAAGCAGUAUGAAUAUUUUUCAGAGGUCUCAAAAGCUAGCAUUUAUUUCAACCCCUAAAUAUGUGGGUAAAACAUAUGAUUUAGGGCCCAAAGUCAGUCUAAUUUUUAAACAUUUAAAAAGUUAAAUCUAAUAGCAUACUGUGAGGAGGAGAAUAAGAAAUGAAACUUGGGGGGGUUACAUGUCUUCUUUAGGGGUAACUGGAAUAACUAUCCACAUUUUUUCCAAAACAAAACCUCUUUGAAAGACAUAAGUAUUCUUAAACUGACCUCUUCCCUAAAUGGCCAAGGGUUUAGUUUCUGAUGUGCAAACCAAUGGAUUAAGAGGCAUGACAUCAACUUUGAGAUUUAAGAUAAGAGAUGGAACUCAAGAACCUUUUCUUUUAGUAAAAUAAUCUGAACCUUAAAAUUGUAUACAUUUCUGGCCUUCAUGACUUCUUUUCAUUUUUCUUUAACUUCCUAAAAGCUUCACUUUCAUUAUUCUUCAGUCAUAUCUGAAGAGAGUCUGGGAAGUACUCGAGUACUGUUUAUUAAUUUUGUCCCUGGUUUAAGCCAGAUUUUCCCUGUACAUAGCUGGCAUUUUAUUGACCUCUGCAGAACUGCUUUUUCUGAAUUAUAUUUUGACAAUCCAUAUGAAAAUCCCUGUGAAAUUUAAUUGCUGUGGAUACUGUAAAGGGUGUUUAUAGAUCAUAAUGUUGUAUAUAUGGAUGUAUGUGAGAAAAUUUUCUCUGAACCCAAUUGUGCUUUUCCUCAAUUGCGGGUUGGUUUUUACCUUAAAGACAAUUUAUAUUGAACUGAGUCUAUUUUUCUUUUCAUAUGAUGCUAGACCACUGAGAGCCCAGCUUGUGGUCCACUUCCAGCAAGUGUUUAGGACCUCAUAUUAUGUUUUGUAUGCUAGCCAUGUUCUUGGUUCCAUCCUCCUUUUCUGCCUUUACUUUUCUUUUUUUCAUUUUUCUGUUUUAAUCCUUUUUUAAAAAUCUUAGUAGAUUACCUCCAUCUUUGUAAGCCUUUUAGAAUUAGGUUGAUAUAUAAAUAAAUAAUGUAUCCUUAAGCCUUUUGACUAUUUCAUUUGUUUCUCUUUAGAGAAUUUUUAAGCUUUAUUACCUAUUUCUAAAGUUGUCAUGACCAGAACUUCACAUUGGAUAAAAAACCAAUACUAGAAAUAGAAACUAAUGGCUUCUAAAACAGUAAAGAGUAUUAGACUGGAAUUUAGGAGACCUGGUGACUUGACCCACCAACAGAUAUCUCAGUGUAAGAGGCCUCAGAAGAAGCCAACUCUGCUGACACCUUGAUCCGACUUCUAGGCUCCAGUAUUGUGAAAAAAUAAAUUUCCGUUGUUUAAACCA